AUGAGCGAGCUCGCCCUCGAGCGGCGGCGCCUCCGACGACGCGUUGCCGACGACAACCGCAAGAGGGCCCCCAGAGCAUGCGAUCGCUGCAAGGCUAGGAAGAGUCGCUGUAUCGAGAGCACGCCAGGCACUUGCCGGCGAUGUGAGGCCAAGGAGUUGACCUGCAUCUACGACGACAGGCGCCAGAGCCCUGAUCACACGGAUGCGUCGCCUCUCCCAACGGCCGCGAGGCAAGCUGCUGCCCGCAAGGGCACGACCCCUGGUGAUGAUAACAUCUCCAUCAACAGCUACCAGACGGACCGCAUCAUGUGGCCUCGCUUCCUCUCCCGCCUGCGCGAGGCCUUUUCCCUCGACGUCCAGAGCACCCCCGAGGCACACGACAUGAUGGCCAUGCAAGCCUCCAUCUCUGGGCCCCGGAGCCUGCUCCCCGCCGAGCUGUUACGUCUCCGACGGGCCAUUGACGCCUUUCCACCGCGCCCCGUCGCAGACUACCUGCUGGCCGUCUGCAUACGCCACGGGACCGACUCCUUCUUCUACUUUGACCAGGCCCACUUCCUCCAUGAGAUUGACGAGUUCUACAACGACCAGUCCUCCCCUCUGCGUGGCGACAUUGGCUUCAUCGGGCUGGCCCUCGCCGCUUUUGCGCUCGGCAGCCAGUGGACGCCCAUGGAGAGGCCGAGCGAGGGCCCAACGCCAUCGUUGGCAGGCGAUCAUGAUCCCGGCACCCUCUUCCACUCUCAUCUCAAGACGCUGGUCCCCGACUUGAUCGAGCGCCCGUGCCUGCGCAACAUACAGGCCUUUUACAUCAUGGGCGUCUAUCUCAUGCCCACCAGCGCCGUCGGCUCGUCGUACGUCUACAUUGGCCUGGCACUACGCAAGGCCCUGGCUUUCGACCUGCACCAGAGCGCCGACGAGGCCAGCAUCGACGAGCGCGAGCGCGAGGUCCGCAACCGUCUCUGGUGGUCCAUCUGGUCGCUCGAGAGGAUUACGGCGCUCAAGCUGAACCGCGCACGGAGCGUCGACAUUGAGCAUGUCACCGUGCCAUUGCCGACGCCCAUGGCGAGCCUGGACCAGGGCGACAGCCGUAUCUUUGACAACGUGCAGCACCAGAUUGCCAUGGCCAGGCUCGUCAAGAUCCUCGAUGGGGUCACCGAUGUCGGGUUCGUCUUCCUCCCAUCUCCUCGCUGGUUUACACUCACCUUUGUAUACAGAACUCGCCCGAGCGCAACUGCCGUCCGCCGUCUCGAAGCCAGCCUCAAAGACUGGAAACAUUCGCUGCCCUUACAGUUCAAGCUGGCCAACAUCAACACCCGCGACUCGAGCUACCGCGCCGUCCUUCAUCUGUACCUCAACUACUAUUACGCCUGGAUCGCCAUGGGCAAGGUCUCGGUAGUCACGGUCGUGCGAGACCAUCUCCGUCAGAACUUGAGUGGCCAAGGCCCUGCGAAUACACCCGCUCUCGACGCUGCGGUCCGCGACGUGUCGUAUGCUUGCACCAGAGCCGCGAGCAAGAUCCUGCGCCUCUUUGAGAUGUUGAACAACACGGGCAACAUUACGCGCUUCUCCUUCACAGACUUUCAAGGCUGCAGCAUCGCGACCAUUGUCACGCUGCUCUCCGGCAUCCAGGGCCGUGACUCUGGAUACGAGGGCCGGGUCACAUUUGGCCUCGACUGCCUGAGGAAGAUGGCGGCCGGCAACAUGACGGCCAAGGUGGGCGUCCGCUUUGUCGAGGCACUGCAGACGAUUGCCGACGAGGCAGUCAUGAAGCUGCGACGCGCCGAGCACGAUCAUCUCCAAGUUCAGCACGAGGUGGGUCUUGACUCUGGUGCGGCCGAGUACACCCGCUGGGCGCAAUGGCUGUCGCGCGCUGAAAACGAGUUGCAGAGCUUGGGCAGCCCGCUAACAAUGGCGACGAACGUUGCGCAGCCGCCCGUCAUGCUCGGGGCGCCGCCGACAACGGACAACAGCAAUCUGCCCAUGACGCCGUCGGUUCGGGAUGCUUCCAUGUGGGAUCACCCCACAAAUGACUCCCUGCUGCCGCCGCCGCUGGCACCCUCGGCUGCUGCGCCAGCACUGUCGACGUUUAACGCCCGGCCGAUAUUCGAGCACUCCAACAACAACGGCGGUUCCGGAGAGGAGUUUUUGCCCUCGUCGCUGUAUGGCGACGAUCAGAAUUUCCUCAUGGGCCUCACAGGGUUGGAUGUCUUAGACUUUUCGGAGCUGACCACGCCAUUGUGA